AUUUUGGGCGCGUUGGCGGCGACAGCGGGAUCGCUGACAGGCGCGGAUCCUGUGACACCUCCCCGCAGCCCGGCACUUGUUGCUCCCAGAACCUGCUGCCAUCCCUGAAUCCACCUUUCCCGCUUGCUCCCUGUCCCCUCCUGGCUUCUCUCCUUUUCAUGUGAUCGCCCGGGGCACUGAUCUCUCAGACCACGCUGUCCCCGGCUUGAGACAUAGAUUAGAAGAAAAAAAAAAAAGAAAGAAAGAAAGAAAAAGAAAAACCCGCCGCUUUAACGAGAGGCCCCUUUGGGCAGGAGCAGGAACGCAGAGCGCUGGCCCGGGCGCCGCAGAGGUGGCGCCUCCCCAGCCCGGGACGGUGGUCCCGGGCACCGACGGCAUGACGGACGCGGCGACCGCUAAUGGGGACGACAGAGACCCUGAGAUCGAACUCUUCGUGAAGAAUUAUCUGUAGAAAUGACACCUGUCAUUUAGCGACACUUGCUUUCCUCAGCCUGUUUCUCUUCCCUCCAAUGUGGCUUCUGACGCCCUCAUUUGCUUUCUGGGACCCCUCUGGGCAGGAUUUCCAGGUCCUCUGGAGACCCAGGCUGGAAUCGAUGGGGAAAGCAUUGGCAACUGUCCCUUCUCUCAGCGUCUCUUUAUGAUCCUCUGGCUGAAAGGGGUCGUGUUCAAUGUCACCACUGUGGAUCUGAAAAGAAAGCCAGCAGACCUGCACAACCUAGCCCCUGGCACCCACCCGCCCUUCCUGACCUUCAACGGGGAGGUGAAGACGGAUGUCAACAAGAUCGAGGAGUUCCUGGAGGAGACUUUGACCCCUCAAAAGUACCCCAGGCUGGCUGCGAAACACCGGGAAUCUAACACAGCAGGCAUUGACAUCUUCUCCAAGUUCUCCGCCUACAUCAAAAACACGAAGCAGCAGAACAAUGCUGCCCUUGAGAGAGGCCUGACUAAGGCGCUAAAGAAACUGGAUGACUACCUGAAAACCCCUCUGCCAGAGGAGAUUGAUGCCAACUCCCCCGGGGAGGAUGACAAGGGGUCCAAGCGCAAGUUCCUGGAUGGGGAUGAGCUGACCCUGGCUGACUGCAAUCUGUUGCCCAAGCUCCAUGUGGUCAAGAUUGUGGCCAAGAAAUACCGUGACUAUGAUAUCCCGUUUGAUAUGUCAGCCCUGAGGCGGUACAUGAGGAACGCCUACGCCAGGGACGAGUUCACCAACACCUGUGCAGCUGACUCCGAGAUUGAGCUGGCCUACGCGGACGUCGCCAAGCGCCUCAGCAGAUCGUGAGCACGGCCAUCUUGCCCCAUCGCUGCUGCAGAAGGACUCAGCUUCUCCCAAAGGACUCCGCUUCACACACAGACUCCUCUUCCGCAUUGCCUCGGGAAACAUCUUUUUUUUUUUUUUAAAUCAGGUCGCACCUUGCUGGUAUCAUCAGAAUUUCAGCCUGCUGUCUUUUUGUGAAGGUCAGCGCUAACCCCAUCUGAUCACACAGGAAUCUGCAAGCAGAAAUGUUAGAAAUAGUCAAGCUCUCAGCCUUUGAGCCUUGUCUGGGUUCAGGGUAUCUGGGGUCAGUGUUGGAGAACCCACGUGUGGGACCGGCACUGGCCCCUUCUGCCAAUCUCAAAAUAUCUCUCAGAUGCAUUGGAAACAUGCAGUAUUGUGUCCUCUUCCACCCUCCUCUUUGUCAGUAACUCCAAGGCCAAGGCCAAAUGCCAUCUGAGUUCUUCUUAGACAGAAAUCACUGCUCUUAGGGGAGACAAAGAGAGUGAAUGGAGAAGGACAGAGCAGGCUGUGGAUUUUGGCAUCUGGCAGACACACCUUAAGCCACUCAAUGCUUUGACAGUCCUGUCACUUUGGGCACUGAAGGCCAGAUUGGAAAAACCACUGCAGACACAGUCUCAGUUUGCUCCGAUGCUGUGAAUGUCGUGAUGCUAUUGUGCACUUGACUGAUGCUGACCUUCAUUUUUAUGCUGUCCAGGCCUUGCCAGGAAAGGAAAUUGGCACGCGAUUUCAAAUGGGGGUGACUGGGAAGGGGAGGGGAAAGGGAGCAGUGUAGAUGCCAAAAGGCCCACGGGGGUCUACCAACCACGGGGUUUGCUUGCUUAGGGGUAGUUGUUUUGUUGGGGAUUAUAUACUUGGGUUUGACGAUGUUUCUCCACGAGUGAAUUUUGGUCCGUGAGAAAGCAAAUGGGUGUGGGAGAUGGAGAGAUGGGUGAGGAUGAAGAAGUUCUUUAUGAUGCUCGAUGUUCCCUGGGAAUUCUUGAGACAGGUCUUCUCUCUCAUGAUCUAACUAAGUCUUGAACUGGUGAUGUAACUACCAACCCAUUAGCAAAACCCAAGAAUUGGCCAAAAAUGACUUUCCAGUGUCUACAAGUUGUUCCUAGAUGCAGGUCUGCUAGUUGGCUGCUCUCAGGCAGCCUCUGAUGGGUGAGACAUGUAGUUAAAAGGUGGCAUGAUCAUGGAACCUUAGGAAGAAAGUCCAUGAGCCUUUCUGACUGGGAAACCAUGUGGUUUGAACUUGAAGAAAAAUAUAUGCCCAUCUGGGUAAAUGUUCCUGCCCUAUGACUCAACUACCAGAUGAAAAAAAGGAAACCGUUUUUUUUUUGUUUGUUUGUUUUGUUUUUUUAGCUAAUUUUGUGCUCCUUAGUCUCCUUGAGUGUUACCUCCUUAAAAGCUUACCCUGCUUAAGCAUGGGGACCUGUGCAGAGGAAACUAAGAGAAAUGAACUAACCAUCAGCUCCGUCUCCCAGUGAACACCUUAUGAGGAAACCCACCUGCCACACACCCUCACCUUCACCAAUCCUCCCUUCCUCUGGUGGAGAGUAGCUUCCAAGGACUUGGCUUAUUGCUCAGGGAGGGCAGGAUACCAUGAGUCUUAUCCAUAGAAACAUCGGCACUUCCUAACCCAAGCAAUCCCUGGACCUAUCUGCCUACAGGCAUCUCUGAACCAAAAAAAAAAAAAAGUGAUCCAUUGAUCAGAGCAGAGGGGCGGAAGCAGGGGGUCUCCUUUAGCCCACUGAGGAACAGGAAAUUUAUCAGUAGGACAUUUUGUAAGCCUGGGAGCUUUUUUUUUUUUUUUUAUCCUAGUAGAAUGAGUUGAUUUAUUUCCACCUCUAAAGGAAGCUUUCCAGAGCUGCCUGGAAACUUUGUCUCCGGAGGUGUUUAAAAAGACCCGGUGAGGAAAUAGUCCUUUUUACUGUAGGGGAAAGCCCCAAAUGGGCCUCCUGGGGUAUGAAAGCUUAAGUGAUCCCAAAGGCCUUUUAAUUAGGGUGAAAUCCUGUUGUCCCACCACAUUCUUCCCUGACCUUCACAGCACAGGCACGAUGACCUAAGAGGCAGUUUACUUUCCUGAGACCCACGGUGGCAUUCUUCUUGAAUGCAGCACAUCCAUGUAACACAGCCAGUGCAACACAGAAACAGAAGGACGCCCAGGUGGACCGGCUCCCCCAGAGGACCUGGAAAAUACAACGAACCCUGAUUUGAUACUUAGCAUUCAACAGUUGGCGAGUCUUUAAAAGCAGUCUUUAAAAACACACAAGCCAAACCAAAUCAAUAUUGUUGUUUCUAGAUGUUCCUUCUGUGGUUGACUUAGUUUUACAUAAAUAGCAAUAUUAACAGGCACUGAGUGGGGGGCAGUUAUAUGAUCACUUGUAACCAUUUAAAAGAGGGGGAGGAGUUAGAGAUAGAAGGCACUUCUGGAUAUUAAUUCAGGAAUAUCUUUUUAUUUCAAUAGCAGAUUAUCAAAUAAUACAACUAUUGACUUAGAGCUUUAAUGUCUUAUGACCAGAUUAAUCAGAGUAUUUUUAAAUAAUAUUCCUUUCAGAUUAUUAUUUUUUUUUUGCACACGAGACCUGUUAUCUUCUAUUCAUUGCUCUUUAGCAUUCAAACAAGACCACGUGUGCCCUCUGCAUGAAUGCACAUUCCUCUCCCUUGGUCAAUAUUCUUCUCCCAGCUUAGUUUCAGGAUACUUUCAUUUCAUAAUUGGGUAUAAUCCAAAGUAUGCUUAAUUUUAUUUAAUAUUACUUAAGGAAAUUUGAUUCAAUGCUCCCCCUCCCCAUCCAAACAUAAAAUAAAAGAUUGCCUCAUUAUAGGAUUUGGGCUAAUCUGUGUUUCUAUAAAAGCAAUCUGUUUUAUGGCGAAACAUAGUUUUAAAGAUCCAAUUAUCUAGGGUAUUUUAGGUAUAGCUAGAGAUUUCACUAUAUUGACUAUAUAUAUAUUUAAAAUACAAAAUCUCCGGCUGAUGUUUGAACUUGUCUUACUUUACUGACUCCACUGGUUGUCCCAUUUUAUAAGCUAGGGAGUUAACUAAUUUAGCAAAAGACGCCUAGCUUUUAUAAAAGAACAAACAUUUCAUUUUACAAAGACACUCCAAAUGAUGGUUCCUUAAUUUUCUCAAGACCUUUAACUGUGGUGAUAAAAUAACAGGACUGGCUUUCAGGCCUUAAUAAAUGUAAAAUGCCUUUUAAUGAAGAUAUUGCUGAGUGUUUUCCUCAUGAAUCUCAACCAGUUAUAAAUUUGUUUCCCAGUCUUGAUUGGUAUUAACUGAUUCAAAUAAAGUUGGUUUAUUUUCUAAUAUUA